AUGGUCAGAUUAUCUAAUGAAUCAUUAAAAAAUCAACUUAAACAAACUAGUAAAACGAAUGCAACUAAUAUAAAUAAUAAUAUUAAUGUCAACUUUGAAGUUGUUAAAGCUGUUGACAAGGUACCGAUGUCACAUACACUCAAAAAAGAACUCAAAGAAUCUAGAAUGCCAACCACGAGAAUUUCUCGGUUAUUUCAUUAUGGAGGAUUGGCUGUUAGCUUAGGUAUUGGAACUGUAGGUGAAACAGUUCGUAGAGCAACUGGAAUAUCAAAUGAAAAAGGGAGUUCUGUAAUGAGUGAAGCCAACAUUGAUAGAUUGGUUAAUAAAUUGUCAAGAAUGAGAGGUGCAGCUUUAAAAUUGGGACAAAUGUUAAGCAUUCAAGAUAACGUGCUGACAUCUCAAAUAGAAAAUCUUCUUUUGAGAGUUCAGAAUAGUGCAGAUUAUAUGCCAAAUAGUCAAAUGGAGAGAGUUCUGAUUCAUGAACUUGGGCCAAAUUGGAAAAAUAAUUUUUUAAAUUUUGAUCCAAUUCCAAUGGCUGCUGCAUCAAUAGGUCAAGUACAUAGUGCACAACUUGCAUCUUCGGGAAUGCCUAUAGCCAUCAAAAUUCAAUAUCCUGGUGUUGCCACUUCAAUAAAUUCUGAUCUCAAUAACUUAAAAAUUUUAGUAAAGGUCAGUAAUUUAUUUCCAAAAGGACUUUAUCUUGAUAAUACAAUUAAAGUAGCAAGAAAAGAAUUAAUAUGGGAGACAGAUUAUAUUCGAGAAGCAGAAUGUAUGAAAAAAUUUUAUGAUUUAUUGAAAGAUGAUAAUAAUUUUGUUGUCCCUCAAGUGAUUAAGGAAUACUCAACAAAAAUGAUAUUGACUUCUGAAAGAGUGAUGGGCGAGCCACUGAUUAAUGCAGUAAAUUAUAGUCAAGAAUUAAGAAAUCAGAUUGGAAAAAAUAUCUUGCAACUUUGUUUACGAGAGUUAUUUGAGUUCAAGUUUAUGCAAACAGAUCCUAAUUGGUCUAAUUUUUUUUAUAAUAAGACAACAAAUAAGAUUGAAUUAGUGGAUUUUGGAGCAAGUAGGAGUUUUGAUGAUCGAUUUGUAAAUUAUUAUUUUCAAAUAUUAAAAUCAGCUGCAGAACAAAAUGUUGAAGGAUGUGCAAUUUAUUCAAAGAAAAUUGGAUACUUGACAGGAUAUGAAAGUGAGGUGAUGCAUAAUGCCCAUAUUGAUUCGAUAUUAACUUUGGGGAAGCCAUUUUCAGUUCCAGUUUAUGAUUUUUCAAAACAGACAAUAACCAGUAAGAUAAGAGAUUUAAUACCAACAAUGUUAAAAUAUAGAUUGACUCCACCACCUGAUGAAACGUACAGUAUACAUAGAAAGUUAUCGGGUGCAUUUUUAUUAUGUGCAAAGUUAGGAGCUAAAAUUAGAUGUAGAGAUAUUUUUGAAGAUAUUGUUGGAAUCUGGAUGCAUGGAAAAAAAGACAUGAGGACAUCGAUUCAAUAUCCAUUUUACACUUUAUCUUUUUCCUUUAAAGAAUGUUCUGUAUUAUUUGUCAAAUUAAAGCUAAAUCAGAAACAGCAAAGACUUUUUAGUGUUUCAUUAAAUAAAAUAUUACAAGAAGAAAUCGUUAAUACAGUACAAAAAGUUCCUGAAGUAUUAAAUAAUGGACAAAUUAAAAACUCUUCAACUAUAAAACCUAAAGAUAUAACUUCAACUUGUAGUUUUGUUGCAGAAAAUGAGGAAAAAGAACAAACUACAGUCGUUGUCCUUUUUGUACAGAAAUUUUUACCAAAUCCGUUACCUGGAAGGAUUCGAAGUUUAUUACAACUUAAAUUUCAAAUCAAAAUAAUACACCUACAAAUGAAGAUCGCCAAAGAAAAGAAAAUAGCCCCAUGGCAAUAUUGGGAAGAAAUUAUGGUUCCAGAGACUGCAUUAUGUUUAAUUUCUCAAGACAAAGGUAAUAUAACACUUGAGGAAGCGAGAAAAAUUAUGGAGAAUAAUAAUACCUUUGCGCCUUUUCAUUUUAAAUGGGUCAUUUAUGAAGAAAAAAAUGAUGGGAUUGUUGACAAAAAACCUACUAACUCAUCAAAAGAGUCAGCGGAAGCUCAUGGUUUAGUCACACCUAUAUGCUCAGAAAAAUUGUUUGUGAUGGACUUACCAGCGAUAAAGCAAAUAUAUGAAUAUACAAAAAUUAGAAUCAAAAAAUUGAAACAAAAGGAUGAUGAAGCCGAUUAUAUUGCAAAUUCAGAAGAAGUGUUUAGACUUCGAGGAGUCACUAAUGUUAGAUCAGUUUUGGAGUAUAUUCGCGGUUAG